AUGGACGUGCUGGCUUCAAGGAGGAUUGUCCUGCUGGGAAAAACAGGAGCUGGAAAGAGCAGCCUGGCAAACACCAUCUUGGGAGAGGAGGUGUUCAAGAUAAACCAUUUGGCCGUCACUGAAAAGGCUCCGUCCAGCGCACAAACCAAACGCAUCGGUGGACAAAACAUCACUUUGAUCGACCCUCCCAGUUUCUUCGACACAUGUGGAUCUGAGGAGCUGAUCAAGAAUGAGAUGCUGUGGUGCAUCACUGAGUGCGCCCCUGGACCUCAUGCCUUCCUCAUCGUGCUCAAAGUGGAGAAAUUCACCAAGCAGGAAGAAGGUGUGAUCCAAAAAAUACGCCAGUCUUUUUCUGAAGAUGCCCUGAGAUAUGCCGCAGUUGUCUUCAGUCAUGGUGACCAGCUCCCAGAGGGAAUGAUGAUUGAGGACUUUGUCGCUCAGAACAAAGGCCUGAGCGAGCUGGUGAAGGAGUGUGGAGGCCGAUGCCACGUGGUUGAUAAUAAAUACUGGAAAAACGACGAAGGGGAUCGCUACAGGAACAAUCGGUUCCAAGUGGCAGAGCUACUCAGGACAGUAGACAAGAUAACUGAGGCAAACAACGGCCAGUGUUACACCAACGAGAUGCUAAAAGAGGUGAAAAGAGAAAUGCGAAAAGAGGAAGAGCACAUUGGACAGUCAUCAGGAGGCAUGUCACAGGAAGAGAUUAGAAAUAAGGCUAAAAUGAGUGUAUUUGAAACAUGGAAGAUCAGAUUUGCAGGUGUUGCAGCUGGCGUGGUGUUAGGAGCCCUGCUGGGUGUGGUGGAGAAGGUGAUGUCACCCGCAUCAGCUCCAUCGGAGGCUGUAAGCGGGGCAAUAAAGGGAGCUUGGAUAGGAUAUGGUGCAUCUGAAGAAGCAACAUCUCCAGUGGAAGCCGUAGAGAAAACCAUUAAGGCUUACUGGACCCAAAAACCAGGGGGUGCAGAGGAGCCAAAAAAAACAAAAAGAUGAUACGAGCAGAGCAGAUAGUUGAUGCUUGAUCGUUGCUUGUGCAUCAAAAAUAAAGCAGUUAAAGUAAAAGUACUCCUUCUGCAGAAUGACCUGAUUCAGAACAAUGUGUAUUUUAUUAACGGAUCAUUGGUGCAUGAAGGCAGGAAGCAUCACUAAUGCUGCAGCCAGUUAAGAAAGGAUUCAUUUUAACUACUUUACAUUCUGCCAGGUCGCUUAAUGCUUGUAAAAACAGUAACAUUAACCGAAGCUGUGGGUAAAACUAUCAAAGCAAAUCAGAAAAUAUGCAGUUGAUGACAUGGUGUUAGUUUUGUAAUGAAUCUGGGGUAAUCAGAAUGGAAAAUACAGGUUAAAGACAAUGAGGGGGUUUUGCAUUUAUUUGAGAGUGACUCAGUUAAACAGGUGUGUGUGUGUGUAUCUGCAUUUUCUUUCACAUUGUCAGCUACGCAAAGACUUAAUAAAGACUAUGAUGAAAAGACUUUA